AUGGUGGCUCCUCGGCAGGGGCCGGCCUCCCAGGAACCUGGAGUUACAGGGGGACCUAGGGUGGGAGCGCAAGCAGGAUUCUGUCCGGGUCACCGUGGAAGGUGGGGGUACGCUCUGCGUGCUCAGGUUCCUCCCGUGACCGCAGCUUGCCCUGCGCGCCCCUCUCGGGCGUCGGGCUCCGGCGUCCUGGCUGCCAGUGCCGUGGCCUGGCUGCUCCUCUGGGCAGCUGGGCUGGUCGGCAGGCUCGCCGCAGACAUCAGCGACGCCCCCUUCAGCGCUGGUAAAGGUGUAAGGGCCACUUGUUCUGAAAUUAUUUUGAGGCAAGAAUUUUUGAAAGAUGGUUUCCACAGAGACCUUUUAAUAAAAGUGAAAUUUGGGGAAAGCAUCGAGGACCUACAGACCUGCCGGCUCCUAAUCAAACACUACAUCCCAACAGGACUCUUUGUGGACCCGUAUGAGUUGGCUUCAUUACGGGAAAGAAACAUAACAGAGGCAGUGAUGGUAUCAGAGAGUUUUAAUCUAGAAGCCCCCAGCUAUUUGUCCACAGAGUCUGCAGUCCUCAUUUAUGCCCGGCAGGACGCACAGUGCAUCGACUGCUUCCAGGCCUUCCUACCUGUGCACUAUCGAUAUCACCGUCCACAUAAGAAGGAUGGAGACACCCUCAUUGUGGUCAACAACCCUGACUUACUGAUGCACUGUGACCAAGAGUUCCCAAUUUUGAAAUGCUGGGCUCAGUCAGAAGUAGCAGCUCCUUGUUCUUUGAAGAGUGAGGAGAUCUGCCAGUGGAAAAACAUGCAGUACAAAUCAAUACUUAAGAAUUUGACAGUCCAGGUGCCAGUGGGACUGACUAUACACACCUCUUUAGUGUGCUCCGUGACACUGCUCAUUACGGUUCUGUGUUCUACUCUGAUCCUUUUAGCUGUUUUCAAAUACGGCCAUUUUUCCCUGUAAGUUUUAUGCAGUUAAGUGUUUUCUACCUAAUAAAUGAGACCUAUUCAUUGUGACAAGAGUGUUCUUUUCAGAAUUACCUGGUUAUUUUGUCUUCAUUUGUGGUAAAAUUCUGUUUGCCAGGCAGAUCUGUCAGUUCAUGGCCAGUCUGGUCUAUAUUGUGAGACACUGUCUAGAAAAACAAACAACAAAAAAUAUUUUGUUCCCCAGAAGAAAUUUUGGGUCAUUGUCAGAUAAUUGGAAAUUUUAGCCUUCUGUUGUAUAACCUUCAAGUGCUCUUUGAUUGUCUAGUAGAGAAGCUAUGUUGUGUUAAAUUAAUAUUUAGAAGUGACUGCUUUCAUUUGAUAUAGAAAAAUGAGCUCAUUAACUUUUGUUUUGUGCAUAGAACCUUUAAUUUACCCUAAACAUAGAGACACCCUUAUAAUUAAGAAUAAAGUAAUUUAGAUGAUUAUUUAUAAAAAGUACAA